CAAAAAUUCGCAAAUUCCAUAACAGACAAGUUUGAAAUGAGAUCUCUCCCAAGUUAUAAAAAGCAUAACCUUUGAUGUUCUUCGCUCCGGUCUUGGUGGCCCGUCGGUCCCUCACAUUUCAGAGGUGCUGCAGGACACGGAGUUCUUUUGAGGGAAAGAGGCAGUGUUUGUUAAGAGUCUCGAGCAUCCAAUGAACUGAAGGCUGCCUCCAAAAAAACGCGUCCAUCAAACCUUUCCACCCAAUGAGCGUCGUCGGGGGGCGGAGCUCAGGUGCGCGCCGCUGCGUCCACUUGGCAAAGAGCCUGGGAGACGCCUGUGGCAAAAGAGUAACUGUCAAAUGCAAGGUUCCUUUAAUAGGAGCGAUCAGUCCGGCUCCGAGAGUCAUGGCGACUACAGCAUCCAAUCAUUACAAUAUCCUCACCUCCAGCCCAUCUAUUGUACACUCGGAGCCUGGGAGCAUGCAGCAAGCCGCGGCUUACAGGGACGCGCAAACCCUGUUGCAGAGUGACUACUCGCUGCAGAGCAACAGUCACCCGCUCAGCCACGCGCACCAGUGGAUAACAGCCUUGUCACACGGAGAAGGAGGUCCGUGGUCGUCCAGUCCCCUCGGCGAGCAGGACAUCAAGCCAGCGGUGCAGAGCCCCCGGGACGAGAUGCACAAUUCCAGCAAUCUACAGCAUCAGACGCGGCCACCCCAUCUGGUACAUCAGACGCACGGGAACCAUCACGAUUCAAGGGCAUGGAGAACGACGACGGCGGCUCACAUCCCCAGCAUGGCCACGUCGAACGGACAGAGCCUUAUUUACUCGCAGCCCGGCUUCAGCGUGAACGGUCUCAUCCCGGGCAGCGGCCAGGGCAUCCACCACCACAGCAUGCGCGACGCGCACGAGGACCACCACAGCCCACACCUCAGCGACCACGGCCAUCCACCGUCCCAGCACCAGCACCAGCCGCACCAGAGCCACCACGACCACUCGGACGAGGACACGCCGACCUCGGACGACUUGGAGCAGUUCGCCAAACAGUUCAAGCAGCGGAGGAUCAAGCUGGGCUUCACGCAGGCGGACGUCGGACUAGCUUUGGGAACGCUCUAUGGAAAUGUGUUUUCGCAGACCACGAUAUGCAGGUUUGAGGCCCUGCAGCUCAGCUUCAAAAACAUGUGCAAGCUCAAGCCUUUGUUGAACAAGUGGUUGGAGGAGGCAGACUCCACAUCUGGCAGCCCCACGAGCUUGGACAAGAUAGCUGCGCAGGGGAGGAAACGGAAAAAGAGGACUUCCAUCGAGGUAAGCGUCAAAGGGGCUUUGGAGAGCCAUUUCCUUAAGUGCCCAAAGCCAGCCGCGUCGGAAAUUACUUCGCUGGCGGACAGUCUGCAGUUGGAAAAAGAGGUAGUGAGGGUUUGGUUUUGUAACAGAAGACAGAAAGAGAAACGGAUGACUCCUCCCGGCGGACCUCUGCCGGGUACCGAGGACGUAUACGGAGACACGCCGCCGCAUCACGGGGUUCAGACGCCAGUGCAGUGAGAAAAGACAAAAACAAGACAAAAACAAGGACACAUCUUAUCAUACUGACUGCCUCAGUCUUCAUUUAUGAUUACGUUCACGUUGGAGCUAUCCAAAGUGAAAGCAGCUGCGGUUUAGACUACUGAGGCGGGAGAGCAGAUUAUAUCCGUCUUCAAUGUUACUCAAAAUUCGUACUGCUGCAACAAGAGGGGACCGUGCGUUCCCCGCGCGAGCAAAGAGAACGGUUGUUCUGUGAAUACCCAGCACUGUGAAAAGACGCAGUUUUAAGGUGUAACCCUACUAUUUAUCAAACACUUUGAGACGAGCGAAAUGUCCCUCAAACGCGAGCAUGGGUGUCCCAUAGCCAGUUGUUUACAUCUAGACGCAUUCACUGCAUUUUCUUUUGCGGAAUUAGCCUGAAAAGUGACUAGUGCUGCAGCAUUUGACAAAUACACGCCAUUUUUACUUUUGUUGUGGGCGACUGAGGGUGAACAUAGAUUCGAUUGAAAAAAACAAAAAACAACAACAUCAAUGUGACAUGCAUCCACCCACAGUAUUCAACCAUUUUCUUGGGAUCAAAAGGCCUUUAAACAUUAUUAUUAUUAUUAUUAUUAUUUUACAUACAGCAUGGUUAUGUACCAAUUCUCCUACUCAUGGAGACAGUGAGGUGCAAGGUCACAUUAAACAGAUGUUGUAGUCUUGGCGCCAAGAAAUUAGUCUCACACAAUUGAUUCUGGUCUCUUUCUCCGUUUUAUCAAUACGGAUGGCUCGAAAUUGAAAAGAAAUAAAAAGAAACUUCCAGCAUCGAGCUGCAGACAGGUCACCGAAGGGCUAGUGAUAGAAGCCUGGCAUUUCCUUCGAUCUAGUCAUAUUACCAUAAAAUACAAUUGUUUCACAGGACUCCACACAGUGCUGUAAAUAUUGUAUAAUUUUUAAAGGACAUAGCUACGUUAUUCUCUCACUUGAGCACUUUUUCGUAUUGUUUUGAAUUUGGAAAAGAUUUUAGAGCUUUUUGUUUAUUUUAUUUUUGUCUUUAUUUCUUUAACAUUAGAGUCUUGGUAUAUUUUGCCUUUAUAUUUAGGCUAUAGUAAAUUAGCCGAAUAUUGCUUGCUAUCUCUUGCGGAAGUCAGUUGCUUUUUACCCACAUUCAGCUGCUUUUUUGAUAAAUUAUGAGCUGACUUUACUAUAUGUUUAUGUAUAGUAAACAAUGUUCAGUCUCCAACAAUGUUAGCACUAUUUUCUACCCAACGAAUUCAAUAUUAUAUAUCUCAAACAUUUGAAUGUCUUUUUUAAUUAUUUUGAAAUAGAGAUUAUUUACACAGUAUUGUGGAGAAUGGGAAAAGCAAGCGAUGUGACCUGCAAUAUUUUCAAUUGAAGUCAAACGAUUCUUCAUUGUUUCAUAUGACAAAGCGUUUUUGUGUAUUUUAUAUUUCCUUCAUUUAUCAAGCAUAUAAAUUUAUAACACGGGCACUAUUAUUAUUAUUAUUAUUAAAUAUUCUCCACGUUUACCCAGCAUCAGAGCUAAAAGGAUAGCCUACUUGGACUUUGGAUUUAACUGUUUUUGUUCUAUUUUUUUUGUCUGUUUUUUUGUGCUUUAUAGUUCUUCAUUGUGUUGGUUCCGGUUCGCAUUUAUAGGGACACAAUGCAGUGAUGAUUUACUGAAAAUGUAAACACUGGAAGAUUGGAAAAAUGGGAAGAUUUCUCCCAGGGGCUUGCUAUACGUCACUAUGUGUAAAUACAAUACAACAAUCAGAAAUUAUUAUUAUUAUUAUUAUUUUCUUAUUGUAUUAUUUUGCUUAUAUUUUAAUUCAUAUUUUGGUGUAAAUCUAUUCCACAGAAAUUCCAGGGACGUCUGUUAUUAUCGUUCUACUUUUUUGUUUUUCAAAAGAAACAUUUACAUAGAUUAAUUGAUCAAACUGUCAUGUAAUUCUACAAAUACUGUGGAGCUAUUUAUUUGUUGUUUUAUUUACUCUGUCAGAAAGACUUCAUCAAACGUUGAACUGGAUGAUUUUGUGGGUAUAAUAAAAUGCGCAGAGGUUGUGAUAGAAA